AUGAGUGGUAACAAUCCUUAUGCCGUCAACGGCCACGCUCCCCGUCAAUCCAGCGAGUCAAACCCCUACGCUCCCACCAACGCUCCCAAUGCCGUGUCCGGCGGACGUUACGUCGACCCCUACAUAACCCAGCAAAACAAUGCCUCAUCUGCCUCAAUCAAUAGUUUCGGCUCUCACGAGCGCAGGCGGAGGUCCAAUCCCUAUGACCCGCGCGACCGCGACCGCGACCGAGACUCACCCGCGCCUCUACCUUCCGGCCGCGCCGGCUCUGGAGGCGGAGGCUAUGGCGGACUACCCCGGGCCAGAUAUGCAGAUGUGAACCCGCCGUCGCAGUCGCAGACGCAGACGGAAUAUGACUAUGGACGGUCACGGACAUCUCAUGAAUAUGAACAACAAAGGCCCCCGCGGCCGCCAACAAGAGAACGAGACCGUAGCUACAAUGACACCAGAAGUGGCCUGGCUGGGACGAUGAUGCCGCCGCCGUCGACCAUACCUUCUCAUAAACCGUCUGUAUCCAGCUUGAGUCAACAGGGUGCAAUAAACGGUAAUAGCAAUAGCAACAGCAACAGCAAUCAAUCUUACCCUCCACCACAGAACCCUCCCAGACAAUACUCUCCUCGCCGGCCAGCCAAGAGCAUGGACGAAAUCCUACGCCACAUCCAGUCCGACUGGAAGGAGAUGGAGGGCGACGAAUGCGUCCCUGUCAAAAUGGCCCUCAGGCUUAUGGAUCCGAGCUCGUUGGGGUUGGCCAGCAAAGAAGGCGACUUCGCCAAUACGCAUGUUGAUCUGCAGAAGAGCUUGAAGACCGUAGUCAACGAACACUACGCCGACUUCAACAGUGCCGUGGGCACGUAUCAUAAGAUCCAAACCGCGAUCAAGGAAAGCCAGACCCGCGUCCGACAGUUGAAAGGCGGGUUGAUGAACGUGCGAGGGGGAAUGCUGACGACCCGGCCCGAACUAAGGGGCCUGGCCGAGGAAAGCAGACAGCUGGAUGAGAUGCUGGUGACGCUGAGCAAUAUCGAGUCGCUGAAAUCGGUCCCUGGCAAGCUUGAAGAGAAGAUCAGCGAAAAGAAAUUCCUGGGAGCCGUGGACCUGCUGAUGGACAGUCUGAAGAGCAUCACCAAGAGCGGCCUGGAUGGCAUCGGCGCGAUCUCGGAUCUCAGAAGCUACUUCGUCAAUCAGGAAAGUACCUUGCUCGACAUCUUGGUGGAGGAGUUGCACGAUCAUCUCUACCUGCGCAGCCCUUACUGCCAGGAUCGGUGGAAAGGCACCAAGGCCAAUGGUGAAGAAAGAGACCCCAAAGACAAUCUCAUGGGCACGGGCGUGAACGCUUGGGACCGGCCCUUCAACCACUACUUGACCACUGUGGAUGUCACCUCUCCCAUGAUCGAAGAUGCGUCCAAGAAUCCCGAGGCCGACACUUUCUACUACAUCCACAUGAUCUUGGAGUCGCUCAACAAGCUCGGCCAGCUCGGAGAAGCUGUCUCGCGGAUCGAACAACGAAUGCCCGUCGAAUUGUACAAGGUCGUCGAAAGGACGUAUGCCGAGAUUGACGCCAGAUAUCCCAGCCAUCUGAGGAGACGGCCGACCAAGGAAAGUCGAAAAGCCAUGCUGUUGCACCUCAACGACGGCCGGAGCCAGGUCUUGUCCGACUUCCUCUACACUUUGUAUUCCAAGUUCGAGGCUAUUGCCGAAAGUCACCGUGUUCUACACGAGGUUGUCGCAGGCAUCGCGGCGAGGGAGAAGUUGGCCAAACCGGACAAAUACACGGGCGGGUUCAAGGAGCUGUGGAAACUGUACCAGAUGGAAAUGCGCUCGUUGUUACAUGACUAUCUGGCCACCGACGGUGACAUGGCGAUCCGGUCGGGACUGACUACCACGACCAGCAACGACAUCUUCGCCCGGCCCCAGCGCGACAAGAACAAGAAGAUGUUCAAGCUGUCCGAGGUCGAUCGGAAAUCCGAAGCCAUGAAGGCCGAGGAAGAAGAAUUGGAGGAUAUCCUGAAGAGCUCGGUGCCCGGGUUGGUGAGCAAGUCCCGCGCUGCCAAUGGGACCGAUCUCGUCUUGGAACGCAGCGGCCAGGACAGUUCUGCUGCCGGACACAAGCUGCUGAUCGAGCCGGGAGUCUUCAACAUGCCCGUCCUCCUGCCGCCAUCACUGACCUUCCUGCAACGCCUCAAGGACGUGGUGCCGCCGACGUCGCAUAUCCCGAUGAGUACGCUGACGUCUUUCCUGGAUGAUUUCCUCAUCAACGUCUUCCAUCCGCAGCUGGAAGAAGCAGUCACCGAGCUCUGCACUCAGUGCAUGAUUGACCUGGAAGCUUUCUCAGAGGACGCACAGUGGUCCAGGCAUUCGCGCCAUCCCAUAUUCAAGGGCACCGUUUCAUUCAUGGCCCUGAUCCGCGCCUUCUCGGGCAUGUUGAGCUCGAUCCCGCAGGAUCAGAUGUUCACCCAGCUCAUCAUCAACCAGCUCGUCACAUACUACGACAAAUGUUACGGCUACUACAAGGCCCUGGUCAGCCGAGUCGCGCCUUCAGAUACAAAUCCGCAAGUCAACACGCUGUCGCCCAAGGCGGCUGCUUCUUUGGCCGAGUCAGGAGAAGUGCACGACGCCGCUCUGGAGCUACUCAACCUGGCCAAAUCUGGCAGGCAUGGUGUGUCUCGGUCGAAUCUGAUUUCGAAGGAGGUCCAGGCCCUGCUUGCAGCCACAAAGGCCAAUCCUCUGUCAUCGUACGACAUCAUCUCGGAUCCCAAAUCGGUCCAUCAACUAUCGUUGCUCUACAACAGCAUGCAGUGGUUAUCCGCAGCCCUGGCCCAGAUCAGACGAGUCGAUGCAGACAUGCCUUCCGGGCUGUCGCAUGCUCGGAGCGGUUCACAAGGCAAGAGUGCUCGGCGAUGGACCCUGAUCACGACCCUUCGUGGUACCAACAAAACGCCGUCUUUGCCCGGUGCUGUCAAUCCCAUCUUCUUACCUUUGACGUCGGAAACAGCCAUUCCUUUUGAUCAGACCGUGUCAUCGUUCCGAACUCUUGCCCAGACCAGCUUGUUGACCUUGCAUAUCGACAUCCGCUGUGGUAUUAUCCAUCAAAUGUCACGCACACUCAGCGGGCCUGCUGGGGCAGCGGCUACAUCGCCACCAGAUAACCGGGACUCAUCUGCUCUCCCGCCGUUGGAUUCCGGCCUGUAUCCGUAUGUUCUUCCAGCUCCGCCCAGCUCAGCGUCACCUCUCGUCCUCGAAUUGAAUCACGACCUUAUUGCCUUCGAUUCCAACAUUGCCGCUUAUCUAGGCUGGAAGGAGCGUGAUUUUAUCCUGUCAGGUCUUGCAAGACUGGUCGAUCGAUAUCUUGUCAUGGCCGCAGACAAGAUCGGGGUCAUGAACGAGAAUGGGGCGGAGAGGUUCCGGAUCGAUGCUAUGGUUGUGCAGCAGAAUCUUCGGGCCAUUCUGGCCAGUAACGGUCCGCGCCACGACAGCACUACGGAAAAGGACAGUGACAGGGACAAGGCAGAUCCUACCGGUCUUGGUAUAUCCACUGAGCCACCCGCAGAGGAUGCAGAGGACGAGGACACCGGACUGUUGGUAUCCUCCUCGCAGUAUAUUGAUCUCUUCCUCUCCGGUCCCCAGGCGAUUCUGCAGUACGUUCGAGACUGCAAGGCUCAGAAACAGGCCGUCGGGUAUACAUACGAUGAGCUGAGGACGCUCGUGGAAUUGUGGUUCAGUGCCAAGUUGAGGGGAGAGGAUCGAGAGGAAGCCAUCAAGGCUCGCAAGAGCUUGCAGGACGUGCUCCUCGCGCUCGGCGAAGGGAUGUGGGACUCAUAA